GCCGCCAUUUUGGCCGGUGGGAGGAGGGAGGGUGCUGCUGUGGUUGUUGCCGCCAUUUUGUCGCCGGGUGUUUGAGUGCAGCGGGAGCGGGCGGAGGGCACCGGAGUCAGCCCUGCAUCCCGCUGUACCCGCCAGCCGGUCAGUCAGCCCCACCGGAGACCUGGCGAGCGUCUGCUUCGAUUCUCUUGACCUGAAGAUGGCUGCACAGUCAGCACCGAAGGUUGUGCUAAAGAGCACCACCAAGAUGUCUCUGAACGAGCGCUUUACUAACAUGCUGAAGAACAAACAGCCGAUGCCAGUGAAUAUUCGGGCUACCAUGCAGCAGCAGCAGCAGCUAGCCAGUGCCAGAAACAGAAGACUGGCCCAGCAGAUGGAGAAUAGACCUUCUGUCCAGGCUGCUUUGAAGCUUAAACAGAUGGAAAAGUUGCUGGUUUUCCUAGCUGUGGCCUUAAUCUGGGUGGAAGCCCGGCCUGGCUGGGGCAGGAGGCCACUGGGAAUGGCAUCCAUGGUGUGUGGCUGCACAGAUGGCACUUGCUCUGCAGAGAAGAGCUUAAAACAACGCCUCGGUAAAAGUAACAUUCAGGCACGACUAGGCCGGCCGGCAGGACCCCUUGCUCGCGGUGCCAUGGGAGGAAGAGGACUGUCUAUGGGGCAGAGAGGCUUGCCGCGAGGAGCCAUGCGUGGUGGCCGGGGAGCAAGAGCUCUGCUGAGAGGAGGAGUCGCACUCAGAGGUCAGAGCCUGCUUCGCGGAGGACGAGGUAUAUCCCCUAGGAUGGGCCUGAGAAGAGGAGGCCUUAGAGGUCGCGGUGGCCCUGGAAGAGGUGGUCUGGGCAGAGGCGCCAUGGGCCGUGGAGGACUUGGUGGCAGAGGUCGCGGCAUGGCGGGCCGGGGACGAGGGGGCUUCGGAGGUCGCGGCAGAGGCAGAGGACGAGGAAGAGGAUCGGCACGUCCUGCGUUGACCAAGGAGCAGCUGGACAACCAGUUAGAUGCGUACAUGUCUAAAACGAAAGGACACCUCGAUGCUGAGCUGGAUGCUUACAUGGCUCAGACAGACCCGGAAACAAACGACUGAAGGUCGUUCCGAGAGACUGUUGUUGAAAUUAGUGUGUUAUGUCGAUGCCCAUAAGCUAAAAAUGGAAACCCUGAUUCAUGCUGGAAGGACCCGCAGGAAUAGGGAGCGGCCCUGUUCUACCGAGAGAUCAGACUUUAGUGUGUUCCUUUAACGUUUUGAUACUCUGUUGUAUGAAACCUUUUUUUGGAUUGUUUUUUAUGUCUGUCUUUCUUUUCUUCUUCUUCCCCCGAGUACUCCAAACACGAAUGUGACAGAUCUGGUGCCGUUAGUCUGGUGACAUCGGCGCUGGUGACCCGGUGCGGCGCCCGCGCUGCGUUAGGUGAAGCGCCCGGCGGUGCUGGGAUCGCGUGUUCAUGUGCCUCUUGAGCUCCGCGGCCGCGUUUUGGGAUCGGCCCUGUCCCCAGGCGUGACCCAAGGGCCAAGUUCACACCCGCCGUUCAGUUUUUAACCCAUCUCAAGCAAAUAAAAAAAGACAAAAACCCUUCCCAGCAGGGCGAACAGUUGGGCCAGGCUUAGGUGUAGCACUCCUAGGCAAGCCGAUCUUUUUUCGCACCAAAACUUCCUCUUCUGUUGGUAGCCAGUGUCCUGUUAAUGCCAGGUGCACAGCUCUGCCCAGGUGAAAAUUCCUUGGUUUUGUGUUGGGUUAGUUUGGUUUUUUUUUUCAUUUAGAGAUAAAAUUUUAGUUUCCUUUGCAUUGCAUUGGAACAGAUGGCACCAGUGGUUUCUGUACCUGCAAGGAAAGUGUUUAUUUAAAGGAAUUGGAAGCAGGAGCGUAAAAUUACAGCUGUGAUGGCAAAGUGUGGUAGAACUGUCCGUUUUAAAACACGGGGUCCAGAAUUCAUCUGUCACCUUUUGGUGUAACCAAAACUGCGUCCUCUGGUCAGACCAACUGCCUGCACUUCCCCCCUCCAUGGGUUUGGGGGUCUCUUUCCCCCCCACCCCUCAAGUUUUAAGUUCGGUCAUUCUGUGAACUGUUCCAGUUUCAAUGGAAUCUUGUACUUCUGGUUUGUUGUAACAAAGGAGAAAUAAUUAUAAAAGCAA